AUGCCGGCUCAGAAGCGGACAGCGCCUUCCACGGCCUCGUCUUCCAAGACCACAUCAGCUGCAGAUCGGGUCGCAAGUCAGGGCCCUAACUGGAAGAAGCGCAAGCAAGAGCGCGCUCACACAGCUCGCUUCAUCGAGACUCAGACCGUUGGAGCGUCUUCAGCAAGCAGCUCACGCACUGCCUCUAAGUCUUCCACACCAGUACCGGGGCAAUCUGCGAACGGGCCCGCAGGACAACCGACAAGCAUCGAGCUGGAGUCGCUUUUAUCAUCUCGCGCCUUCCAGAUCCAGAGCUUCAUUCGGUCCAUCAAGUCAGCCAAGUCAGCAACCACAACCAGAGCAUGGCAGCUUCUUCCUCGACAUGCGCGCAGACGAGCUGCCUCUCACAACCUUCUCCGCUUGCCAUCUCGACUCCGUUCCAAGGCACUAGCAGAGCUUCGCAGCAGUACAACACAGGCACGAUCCCGAUCCGAUAUCAGAAAGCGUCUUCCGAGCCAUGGCGUCAUCCGAGCAACACUCAGGCGAAAGAAGCUGGCCGAGCGUGCUUCUCAUCCGCAACGGCGUUGGCUCGAGACACAUCUUUGGCAUGCGAAGAGGUUCAGAAUGACAACGGAGAAAGGCAAGGCGAAAGAGAGGGAUCAAGGUACAGAGUACGGGAGAUGGGGCUUCGUGUUGCCGGAGACGACCAUGAUGAAAAGUCAUAAGGCAAGUUGGAGAAGUGCAAAAGAGUUCGUGACUGUUCAUGAUGCAAGCUAUACCACAGUCUUUCGAGUAGGCCUUAGAGUGUCGGCCUACGAAUCGUCGUCAAAUCAACAGGUCGAAGAGAUUUUGCGACAGCGCCUACUGGAGCACCUCAUCAAGGCUGGCAUCGCGAAUCGCUCGGACUUCACUGGUUCAAAUCGGGUUCGUGACACGGUCUUGACGCAGACGAAAGUAGAUCCACAAAGUAGCAUCAUCAACGGCUCUCACCCACCGAUUUCCAUCGCAGACGCCGCUCUUGCACCCAUUCGCGUCGUGCUUCUUUCCGGCGUUCGACGCUUCAAACGCCCAACAGUAGACCAACAAGCCUACACAUAUGACUGCAAGGAGGCCUUAGUAUUCGCACAUCCAGCAGCGGAUCUUCACAUGCGACGCGCCAUCAAGUCAGCCGGCUUCGUGAUGACAGAUGAGCACAAGAACGCUCUCUUCGAGCUCGAAGCACCAUCUGUAAAUGUCUUCGAAGCGUACGCAAUUCAGCUUGACUCCACGCCAGAUCCGUGGCUUGCAGCAGGAGGCAAGGACAGCUCUCUGUCCAAAUACGAAAAAAGACACCGGCGUCAGGCGUUUCGAACUGGCAGCGCGAAGGGUGGAAAGGGCGAUGCGACGGUCACGUCGAUGGAUACGGAGUCAAAUGCUGUGAUGCUGGACGACAAGGCUGUAUUGAAGCGGAAGCAAGGCUACAACAUCUUCGAGCUUAUUGGUCCUAGAGCUGCUCCUCUGUUGCAGAGCGUGCUCAAGAUGCACGGCACCAGCAGCGAGAAAGACGAUGGGUACAAGUUGCGGCAGCUCCUCAGCAAUCAAGGCAAAGAUGGUGUUCUUAUGGUCGAAGCGCGAGUCAACGACCCGCGGCUCUCGUAUCCGCCAAAGAUCAGACCGCUCUCUACAGCACAGGACAGCAAAGCCGACGCACCAGAUAUCCCCACAUCACAAUCAGUACCUCGCGACGAGCUAUUCUGGGCCGGGGCCAAACCUCCGCGCUUCAGCAAAGGCGAGAUCGACUCUCGGCGAGCGCUGAACCCCAUCCCAGGAGCACGUUUGACCCCAGACUCACGCGACGAUAUCAUCCCCGUCGUCGUCCUCCGUGACAUACUAGUCCAGAAACCACAGAUGGACCGCUACACCUUGAUUGUCCCGCGCGGAUGGGGCACAGCCUUCUUCCUCUCCCUUGUCGCCACGCAUCAGUCCGGCGCCAGCAGUGGAGCACGUGUCCUUGGUCAGCACCAGCUCAAGCAUCAGAAGCUCGAGCUCGCAGCUCUGUCUUCCUCUAGCGGCACACAAAAGAUCGGAGUUGAAGCAGGCAUGCUCAGCUACCCUCACAAUUGGCCUGGAACACAGGCCUAUGCAGUGAGCGAGAAGCAGGCCGCUACAGCGAGGCAGGAGGAGUGGAGUAGAAGACCGAAGGGGAAGAGGACAGAGUACCUUUUCGCUUCGCACAAGGAUUGGUGUGCGUUUGUGCAAAGCAGGUCGGAAGAAGAGGUGGGGUCGAAGCUGCAAAGGGAUCGAACGGGAGUGGCUAGGCCGUACCCUUUUGGAGGGUCUCAUUAUUGGAAAUGGAUCGUUGCGAAUUCAGAACGACUUUACGGUGACGCAGGGAAUAGAGGCAGCGAGCCAUGGCUGGUAGCAAAUGCAGACGCAACGAUGUCGCGCAUUCCAGCAGCAGACUUUGCCCUCUCGGCCUCACACCUAGCAGCAGCCAUGGUAGCAGUCAAGCUACACGCAGUACGAAAAGGCACCGUCAUGCCACUCAGCAGCCUCAUGCUCCCCCUAACCACCUUUGAAGACCAUCUCAGUUGGAUCCACCAUCUCGACUCGACCUACCAUCCUGCACUUGUCGCCAACCGCACAGCCACCGGAUCAAGCAAGAUGGACAAACAGCAUCUCAAAUCACUCAUCGAUCGACGCUGUGAGAUCAUGCAACUGGGUCGCAGCGCUCCUCCUUCCAACUCUGCGGCCAAGCAACGAAAACCCCUGACCCACGGUGUUAACGUUUGGAGCGAGUACGCAGCGCGUGCUUUUGACCCAGAGGAGAUGCACGAUCGUAGUGCAGACUGGAACAAUGCUGUCGGGACUGUGCUAGAUGGUGAUUAUUCGUUGGGGAACGGAAGCGGAUUUGGGAUCGGUGCGGUCACGCUGCGUGCCUGGUUGGAAGUAGUGGAGAGGCAGAAGAGGUUGAAUGCGAUGCAAGAGGAGGAUAAGGGUAGGAGGAGGCGGAGGAAUCCAAUUCAGACGACGAAUUUGUUGCUGAUGCGCGAGCCGGGUACAGACGUCGUUCGUGCUGUUAGCGCUAGUGAUGUUAUGUCCCUUUUGUAG